AUUACUGGUAAUGCCAAUGAAGAACAAGUGCUAUUAGCAGUUGAAGUUUACCAAGAUAGAUCUCUCAUGUUAUAUACUGCCUUCAAUAUGUUAUUUCAUCGAUUCCAAGGUGGUGAAAUUGUUAACCAAUGUCGAGCUCUUGAGGGAUUACUUAAUGGAAUGCAGCGCCAUCCUCAUGAUAAACAUGUCCAGAUAACAGGCAGUGCAUCAUUAUUUUAUAUAGCUAAAGGUGAACAGAAAGAUAACUUAACACAACAACAGAAAAGAAGGUUUAUAGAUCUUGUGUUAGAUGGAAUGGAAAAUUUCUCAAAUGAAAGAACGAUGAUGAGGAAUGGGUGUCUAACAUUAUGUUAUUUUAAUGUUUCACAAGAAGUUGUAUAUUAUUGUGCUCGACUCUCUACAGUAUUAUUAAACAUGCUCAAAAGUGAUAUACAAGAUGAUUUUAUGCACCGUAUUGGUAUAUACCUUAUCAAUUGUUUAGCUUGCCAAGUUAAACACAAGCAGAAAGCUUUGAUUGGAGAAUUAGGAGCCAUUGAGACAAUGUUAAAGAUAAUUAAAAAGAAAAUAGAAGAAAAAGAAUGUGAUGAUAUGAUGGAAGUAGCCUGGAGUUCCAUGUGGAAUAUUACAGAUGAAACAGCUCAGAAUUGUAGAAAAUUCAUCGAUUGUGGUGGAAUGGAUUUGUUUUUACAAUGUUUAGAGUUAUUUAAAGAUCGAGCUGAAUUAUUAAGAAAUAUGAUGGGACUGAUGGGUAAUAUUGCUGAAGUCAAAGAAUUACGACCACUAUUAAUGGUAUCAAAAUAUAUCAGUGUAUUUAGUGAUUUAUUGGAAUCAACAAGUGAUGGUAUUGAAGUAAGUUAUAAUGCUGCGGGUGUCUUAGCUCAUAUAGCUUCAGAUGGUGUUGAAGCCUGGACUAUAACAGAAACACAACGAGAUUUGGUAUUGUGUAGAUUGACAGCAGCUAUAAAUAGAUGGGAUAUUACUUCAAAACGAAAUAUUAAUUAUAGAUCAUUUGAACCUUUGUUACGAUUAUUAGAUAAAUUCGACACACCACCAGUACAACAUUGGACUAUCUGGGCUCUGUGUAAUCUCACUAAUGUGUAUCCUGAGAAAUAUUGUGAAUUGUUAGAAAAUGAACAUGGACCAGAACGAUUAAAAUCUUUAUUAGAGGAUAAAAGAUCUGAGACUUAUCUAAAAGACUUGAUAAAUCAAAUAUUAACUAAUAUAAAAGAAUUUAAAGUGAAACCUAGUGGUGCCAGUGCCAAAGACUGUGAUGAUUGUCCAGAACAAAUGGAUCAACAAUAA